CUGACAGGAUGGAGCUGCAGGGUGACUUCUCAGAGGAAGAGUUCCGGAAGGCCUGCGCUGAACUAGAGAACCCGGCCUCGGACGGCAAAGUCUGGGAGUCAUUGGUGGAGUCAGAGAGCUUCAAUAUCUACCAGAUGCUGGACGAGCAAUCAGGAUUUUAUGAUUAUAAAGCCUUUGGUGAUUUCAAGGAUUGUUCUCCAUCCCUGUAUGCAGAGGUGUAUAUGGACUUAGAAUAUAGAAAGCAAUGGGAUGCAUAUGUUAAAGAACUCUAUGAACAAGAGAUCUGUGGGAAGAUGGUCAUCUACUGGGAGGUGAAAUAUCCCUUCCCUGUGGCCAACAGAGAUUAUGUAUAUAUUCGCGAUGGGAGAGAUCUCAAUUUAAAUGGGCGGACGGUCCGUGUCAUACUGGCUAAGAGCUUCUCCACACCUGAAAUCCCAGAGAAGUAUGGUGUCAUCCGAGUCAGUGAUUACAGGCAAAGUCUUGUGAUUGAAAGUAAUGGCAAGGAGGGGUGCAAAGUUUCCAUGUUCUACCAUGAUAACCCUGGAGGCACAAUUCCAACCUGGCUUGUCAACUGGAUAGCAAAGAAUGGAGUUCCAAACUUCUUGCAUGAUAUCCAGAAGGCCUGUCAAAACUACCCCAAGAAAACAUAGAAGGAGGCAGCUUUAUUUCCAUUUUUCACAAACAAUGCACAUUGAGUGGUCGGGUCCUGGUGACACCAACUCAGCCUUGGCUAUUUUUCUUUUCUUCCAGAGAACUGAAAGCACUCUUCGGCAUGUCUCCCUAUUCAUGCUAGUCUUACGCCUGACUUACAAUACUAACUUCCUUUCCCACUCUCCCCACCCUAGCAACAAUUUCCCUCUCCCACAGUUGAAUCUAGGUCAGAUCAGGAAAACUCUGCUUGUUUAUAUUUCUAAAGGAAAGUCCUUACUAGGGAACACAAUUGGUCUAUUGUGCCCUUUAAAAAGGAAGAAAACAAAUCAGAAAAAAAAAAUCAACAUCCACACCAACCCCUGUCUCAGGAGGUAGCUUCUUGCUGAACACAGAAGGGUUGGAGGAAGUUUCAUUACAUUCAAAAUUGGCUUUGCUUGCACUGGAGCUUGGCCAGCUUAGACCAGGUCACCUACUGCUCUGUAAAUUGGCUUAGGAGAGAAAUUGCCAAUCUACUCAGUCUCAUACAGUCUCAUUCCCACUUGGGGAAGCUUGAGAUCUUCUUACGGGGUCAAAACAACUCUUCACAUUUUAUGAAUUUCUUUCUUGAUUCCACUCCCCUAUUUCUCUAGCACUCGUCUAUACAAACUCUACCUGGUCCUCCAGAGUGUAUUUUUGUUAGUGUAGCAACCCAUAGAUAACACUCCCUAACUAGGGAAUCUCAUAAAUCUACCACCAACACUGCAUUCUGCUGAAGUGCCCUUACAGGUAGUGAUCUCGGAGGAUACUUAUGGAAUCUAGGGGAUGACUGCUUACCUUGCCCUUAGGACCGGUUUGAUCUAUGGCUUUUAGGACCAGUUGGAUAUACAGCUGAGGACCAGUUGGCUUUGGGCUUUUUUUUUCCUCAGGGAACCUUCUAGAGUUGACUGCUUCUCCUCUCACCAGAAGACCUCAUGAACUCUUAUUUGACUAAUCUGUGCCUCAAAAGUGGUUCCCAUCAGAACCAUACCUAGAUAGUGGAGAAUGAGGAAGAAAGAUAGCAGCAACCUUGAUGAUUUUCUCAGGGGCAAUGUAUACCCAGCAUACGAUGGUACAGAACACUGAUUGUUGCACAUAGAAAUCCAGGGUUGUCUGUGUUCAGAAUUAUAGGAUGCAGACUGCCACAAUACCUCAGAUUGUGUUUCAUCUGUGUGAAAGGGAAUUGAUUCUUCAAGGCUUGAAUAAAA